AGCUCUUUUGUCCUGAUGCAUUAGAGAAUCUGAGAUGCCUCGACUUACAGGAUCCCAACUGGUGUGGAGACCUCUUACUCUCUUGCCUCUGGCCCCCAGUUCCACAUCCCAAAAGAUUGGCUCAUGGAAAUCAUCAGGUCCUGGGUGCAGGAUGCCACUUGGUUGCCUUGUCUGGACCAUGACUGCUUCACCCAGUGCCCCAUUGUGACCUUGAUUGUCAGGCUUUCAGAUAGUAGACACAGAGAGCAAAACCAGACUUGGUCCCUCUGAAUUGAAUCUGCACAGUCUCACCUGAAGGCUUUCCAUUGACUUGAGUAAAGACGAGGGCCAAUGAAAGGAUGGAAAGAUGGAAGAGUGGUACUUCUGCUGCCCAUCACCCUGCUGCUGCCCUGGGCACAUAGCUCCCUAGCACUGACAUGUGGCCAAAGAAAAAGUAGCAAACCUGAGAAAUCAGAAACUUUGGGAAUCAUAGGUGGGGAACCUGCAGACCUCACAGAUUUUCCAUGGCAGGUGAGUAUUCUUUACUACGGGAAACAUCUCUGUGGAGGAUCAAUCCUCAGCAUGUGGUGGAUUUUAACUGCGGCCCAUUGCUUCAUAAACAGAAGUAGAUCUGGCUUGGAGAUUAUACAUAGUGAAAGAAGCAUUGGCACCAAGAACUCAAAGAGGAUGAAAGUGGACAAGCUAAUUACUCACCCUUAUUUUGACAGCUGGUUCUUGGAUAAUGACAUUGCUUUGCUCUUGCUCGAAUCUCCUUUUAAGUUGGAUGCCCAGAAAGUACCCAUCUGCCUUUCAGAGGUCACUGACAUAGAGAGAUGGCGAAACUGCUGGGUGACUGGAUGGGGUAUUACCAUUCCUAUGCAAAGUACAAGUCAACAGCUGAACAAAGUCAACAUCAACUUGGUCAAACGGGAAAUGUGCUCCUCUGUUAUGCCUGUGCUCACCAAGAACAUGUUGUGUGCUGGGAACACUCAAGAAGGGAAGGACUCCUGCCAGGGUGACAGUGGAGGGCCUCUGGUUUGCCAGAAAAAAGACAACCAAAGCAUAUGGUACCAGGUGGGCAUUGUCAGCUGGGGAGAGGGCUGUGGCCGGAAGAAAAAGCCUGGAGUGUAUACGAAGGUGUCUAAUUAUCUGUUAUGGAUUAACAUGGAGACCACGCUGUCAGGAAGGCCCUACAUGCAUGAGCCAGACUCUGGCUAUCACCGGGUCGAGAGCCCCAUUAAAUACUGUUUUGGGCUCUCAGAGAUCAUGUGGAACAAUGCUAUGAUUCAGGAUUAG